AUGGAACUACUCAUAUUCGGAGGUAUUGCCUUGUUCUCUGCUGGUGUUGGAGCAGGCUAUUACACGUGCUAUUACAAACCACUUUCGGAGGCUGAGGAAAGGAAUGUAAAACAAACUCCUUCAAUGUUGAUUGAAGAAUCAUCAAGCGUGGAGUCGAUUGUAAAUAACGGGAAAAUUACUGAACGAGAUUAUUUUCAUAAACUAGGAAGAGCCAGUGGUAAUCGAAAUUCAUCCGAAUUAUUGAUGGAUGGAAUAAUUAUAAAUAAUAAUAAUCACGAUGAUAUUGAAAAUGAAGGAGUUUCAAACACGAUGGAAGGAUAUGAAGAGUUACCCGAACAUGCCAUUUCUCUAGUACUGCAAAAAACAGGAAAACAAGUAACAUCACACACAAGUGCAGUACGAUUUGAUAAGAAUCCAUUGAAUAAUCACAGCAGCAACAAAGGCUCGUCACCUGUAUCGAGCAAUCAAGUGGUGUCUGAAAAUUUGGACGGUGAUAUUGAUCUAGAUAAGUUUUUGCGAAAGGAACAAGAAAUGAAAGACAAAGCCUUUGAAGAAAGCAUUAAGGAAAAACAUCCGUAUGGAUUUUGA